UCGUUCUGGAACCGUCUCCACUUAUUUGCUCACACUCCGGUCUCCACCGGCAAACACACACACACACACUUUCUCUAUAUAUACACUGCACUGGCAGAAACACUUACAUUCUGCAAAAAAUAAAAUUCUGUUAUAGUGACCAAAAAAGAUGUCAGGUUUGAGCAUGUCUCUGGACGAUAUCAUCACGAUGAAUAAGCACAAGCAGCAGCAGCAGCAGCGACUAUCCUCUCCACCUCCUCAUUCCGGAGCUGCACCUUCUCGUCGAUUCUUCAAUCGCACAGUUCACCGAUCGUUUCCGUAUCCUCGUUCACAUGUUGAAGCACCAGAGACGAAAUGGAAGCACGAUAAGUUUGCACGAUAUGCUGCUGCUCACGUCUCGUAUCCUCAUUUACAGGUUGAAGCACCAGAGAUGGAGUGGAAGCACGAUAUGUUUGCACAAUAUGCUCCUGCUCAUAUUUCGUAUCCUCCUAUGCUUAAUCGUCUCUACUACGUGGAAACUGCUACCAAAAUUCUGGUUUCCAACUUGAAUUAUGCUGUUUCCGAAAAUGAUAUUAAGGUUGAUGUAAACAAUUCUAUUCAACUCUUAAUUGCUAAUGCUUAUUUGUUUAGUUGCUAG